AUGCCUUUCUUCAUGGGACUCAAAAGGAAAAUACUUUUUUCCUCUGCCUCUGCAGCAAGGCGGAAGAAAGAGAAAGAUUGUUAUUUGAAGAAUGGAAGUUGCGUACUUGAGGAGCUUCUUGCUUUAUGCGACGGAAAUUGCAGAAUUCCCAUCCGUUACUUCACUGCCACUGAGAUCCACAAUGCAAUUAAACAUUCUAAAACCAAAAUGGACCUUGCCAUGGUGUCGAUGGUUACGGGAUCACUUGACAACCGCCUUGUUUUAGUUAGGUUCAAUACAUGUACAACAUUCAAUAUCCACAGAGAUGUAGCAAUUACUGCUCAGAUGAGUCAUCUGAAGAAUGUGUUGAGACUUGUCGGUUGCUGUCUAGAAUUUGAACAGCCAGUGAUGGUGUAUGAACAUGUUGAAGCUAUAUCUCUUUUCGAUCUACUUUUCAAAAAGGAUAAUCUUAAUAGAAAAUCUCUAUUAUGUUGGGGAAAUAGAUUACGAGUUGCACGUGAGGUUGCUUCUGCAAUAGUUUUCCUGCAUACUGAAUUUACUACGCCCAUCAUCCACAGAAAUAUAAAGCCUCACAAUGUGAUAAUAGAUCAGAACAGCGGCACUGCCAAAAUAUUGAACUUCGCACUCUCCAUAUCAUUGCCUCCAGGGGAAUUGGAGUUACUAGAUCAUAAUGGUGUGCGUGGAACAGUUGGGUAUAUAGCUCCAGAAUAUAAGCACCAGUUGAUUAUUACUCAAAAAACUGAUGUCUACAGCUUUGGGAUUCUUCUCUUUCAGCUAUUUACCGGAAAGAAAGUGUACGAUAUUAUGAAAAGAGUGGAUUCAAAAGAGAGAAUAGAUUUUGAAUUAGACGCUAAAUCCAAUACUGAAGAGGAUAAUCCUAUGGAUAGAGUGGAUUCGACAAUAGAUUCUAAAACUCUUCCAAUCAACUUUGUGGAUCGUUAUAUUAAUGAGAGUAAUGUAAUGGAUAUUACGGAUCCAGCUAUCUUAGAAGAGCAUGGAAUUGAGAUUCAACAACAAUUGAAAGACUGCUUGAAUCUUAUUAAGAAAUGCACAGCUGAUAAGGGAGAUGAUAGACCAUACAUUAUUCAUGUUGCAAGGGAAUUAGGUCGAAUUGACAAGUGUUUCUGUGCCCUCAGUACACUUGGUCAAAAUUAA